GGAGGUCUUCGAAAUUUCUGGGCCUUUCUGUCCUCUUCUCGCCAGCUGUAUUUGUCUACGUUCGAGACUGUGGCAAGAAAUGGCAGCAGGGAGAAUGAGGUGGAGGUACACGCUUGAUGUCGCUUCUCUGGAAUGAGCUGAUAAGAGGUGAAUGGCUCUGGUGGAAAGAGUGAUGAAACGUUUGCACGCGGUGAUGUAGUCGGCCGUUGCAAGACGUUUGUGAACCUGCGAAGCAAUGGGAGGUGAAUCCUCUAUUGCAUCAUGUAGAAAGGUGUUCUGAUGUAUGAUAAGAAGAAUGUAGAAUAACAAUCUGACUUACGAAGAAAAUGCCCCCAUAUAAAAGAAAGCUCAUCCAUUUGGGUGAAGAUCAUGGAGGCUGCCCUUCAAAGAAAAGGAAAGUGCUUGAUUCUUCUCCGUAUGACACUCUGCAUGGUUCCCCCAUGUUCUUGCCCUCUUGCUCAAAAAGCAUUUCUGCUGAAUACACAGAAUUUAAUUCCCCUUCAAAUAUCAGUCCUGUAUUGUACAGGGGUGAGACAGAAAGCUCAACUGAGGCCAAUAAGAUGUCUGAUGCUUAUAGGGACGGGGGACAGCGUUCCAGUGUAUCAGCGGAAGUUGUAUUAUGUACAGACAUUUCAUUGUCACAGUUUAGUAGCUCUGGAAGUAGAUUUACACUUGAAGAAUAUUCAUCUACUUCAAGCAAUGAUGUAACUGAUGAUAAUAUCCUUAAUGAUGCAAUGAUUCUUGAACAGACUAUAGAAGACAGUAGUGAUUCAGCAUCUGGCAUAGAGGUAGUUCAAGCUAAGACUAACAUAUUACCUUAUUCCACUUUAAACUGUUACUCCAACAUAGCUCUACAUUCCUUAGUAUCACCAGACACUGUAUCACUGUCAAACAUAAAUGAAAGUACAAUAGAUAUCUCUGGAAGCAAUUUAAAUAAGGCUAUGAACAUUGAGAAAAACAUUUUUGAGAAAACUGAUAGGUCUUUGCAUGCAGGGGAGAACUCAUUGAUUAAAACUAAUAGUGUACAGAAAAAGGCUUUGACAAGUAUCAGGCAGCAUGAAGCUCAACCAAAGGAAGGAAGAAUCUGCAAGAACAGUCUUGCCCUGAAGAAAGAAGAUUACAAUAUAGGAUACAGAGAAGAUCAAGAAAUUCCUUUUAAAUGGAUGCUGUGCAACAGGAACUUCUGGGAAAAGGUUCCUCUGGACAAUAUUUUCAAUAGAUUACCAAAAGGUGAUGAAGGAGUUCAUAUCAUUAUGGAAGACAUUGUGAAGAUGAAUACUGGAACCAUUUUUACAGAAAUUACUUCAAAUUGCCUCAUGGACUUAACAGAUCUAGUAUCCAUCAUCAGAAAAAUCAUCCAGCAAUGGAAAAAACUCUCUCUGCCACACCUAGCUAACCACUUCUGUGAGCAGCCCAAGAAGAGAGCUGGCUGCAGGGAUUACACUUCUCCAGAUAAAUGUGUCUUCAAGUCCCAUGAUAUCCUCCAGCUGAUGUCCUGUGCUCCUCCUGCAGGCAAAGAUGUAGGUUUACCUGGCACACCCACAUCAGAGGAAGAACUUCUGAAGCAGGAGGUGGGAAAAAUGCCCCAGGACACAGAUGCAAAGGGAAGCCUUAUUCCAUUAGGAUGGCAGCAAGUUUAUGCUUUACUCAUUACUGUGUUGAUGAAAGUUGUCCCUUUUGAGCUCUGGGGUUCAUCACAUAACCAGAAAAUUAUGUUCAAGGCUGUGAAGACAGUCAUCAAGUUGGGCUGCCAUGACAAACUCUUUCUUGGUCAUGUGAUUAGAGGUGUCAAGCACAAACACUUUAGAUGGGCUCUGAGGCUGAGAAGAUUCUGCCACUACACCUACGUCAUUGCCAAGGUCUGGCUUUGGAUCCUCAGAAGACUGAUUAUGACUGUUAUCCAUGCCCUUUUUUAUGUUACUGAAACAGCAGUGCGACGUAAUCAGUUAUUAUUUUUUCGAAAGCGCGUUUGGCAGUGUGUUCACAACAAAGGGAUCAGUAAUUUACUCCAAAGCAAUUUUUGCAGUAUGCUUUCACAUUCUGAGGCACGAGCAUUAAAAGUUGAGCAUGGGAACAUUUGUAAAGGAGCCAAAAUUAUGAAGUGCAUUCCAUGUCUUCGAUUUCUACCUAAAGCCCAUGGAGUAAGGCCAAUUAUUCCUGCUGGUAUGGCUGGACUCUCAAGAAUAACAGCACUGCACUGUCGUCUUCUGCUCAGAGAAAUGAUAAAGGUUUAUGAAUGUGGGAGUUGGAGAGUGAGAGCUCUGUCAGCUUUACAUAGUGCUUGGGCCAAUUAUUUUAAAAGAGUUUAUUUGACAGGAGAGUCCAAACCAUUAUAUUUUGUAAGAGUGGAUGUGCAGGAUGCAUAUGGAUCUAUUAAUCAUGAAACUCUAAAGAUGUUGAUUCAGAAAGGCAUAUCUAACUUACCAUCCAUUUUAAAAUUUGGAUGCUAUUCUGCUCUUCAGUGUUCCAGCAAAGCUCCAUCACAGAAAUCCUACAUACUUCUUGACGAGACUGGCCAGCCUACAAGUCCACUUAUGAGGGGAGGGUAUCCUCUUGUCCAGUGUGGUGAGCCUAUAAAAGUACAUACAGGGCAGUUGACACCCUCUCUUAUGAAGACAGUAACACUCCAGAUAGCCAAAGUAACACAAAGGCAGUGUAUACGUGCAAAUCGUGGUGUUCCACAGGGAGGAUCUUUGUCUGGUGCCCUUUGUGAAUUGUAUUACUCUGCUAUGUGUGCUUUACAUCUAGUCAACUUUAAUAAAGAUGAUAGCAUAAUAUUACGUUCAGUGGAUGAUUUCUUGUAUGUGACUCCAUCUUCUAGUCAGGCCAGUGUAUUUCUCACUCGCAUGAGGAAAGGGUUUCCAGAUUUCAAUUGCUUUAUUAAUGAAAGAAAAACUCAACAUAACCUUCAGUCUGGCUGUGGACAAAGAGUUGUUUUUCGUGGAAUUGUCAUGUGCUCAGAGUCUCGUCAGAUUUUGGUAGAUGGUGCCUCCUUGUCAUCUGGCUUACCUCGAUACUCUCUUCGUCUGAAUAAGUACAAAUCUCCGGGGCAGUUAGUAGCUCUCCGAUUGCAGCAGGUGAGCUUAGCACGGCUGCCUCAGGUAGUAUUAGAUCCUACAUAUACAAAACCUACGGGAUUAAUUGCUAAUGUAUGGCGUGCUGGCUUUAUGGCAGGAGCACGCCUGAUUUCACUGAUAGCAGCUUUACUUGCACCACAGGGGCCAGUAAACACAGCUUUUAUAGCUCAGUCUGUUGCCAAAGUGGGGAGCAGUGUUUGCACAAGAGUUACAAAUACCUGGGCACAGGCAGGGAAAUCCUUGCCUUUUGUUAAGGAGGUAAUUAUUUUAGUUUAUGUAGGUGCUGUGUGUUCUAUCUUGAGAAUGCCUUAUAUUCCUACCUGGUCAAUGCUCUAUGCUCGCCUGAAGGGCUUUAUAAAGCGACUCUUGAUGUCUGUACCUGAGGAACAGUACCAUUAUCUUCCAAAAUUGCCUAAGCAUAUCCUUCGGGCAUGAAUUGUAUGCAACAUUUAUAGAGCACAGGCAUGUGAAUUGAAGUUGCUUACAGUGAUUUUAAUGUAAAUCAAAUUAACAUUGUUUUCUUAUAGAUCCAUACAUUGAGUGUUAAUAUCAAUGUUAUAGUAUUGUUAUGUCAUGUUAAUGUGUUUAUUUUAUAUUUAACUUAAUAUUGAUGUUCUGUAUCAAAUUAUUAGUUUUUGUACUUUUUUAAUUGUAUGUUUUGCAUUAUGUAAUUCCUUUCCUUCCUUUUUAAAUCUUGUCAAGUAAUUGAUUUUCAAUGAUAGUCUUUUUUUUAUUAUUGUAAACACUGUACAUUUGCUUUUAUUUGGCACAGUGCUCUCAAAGGUGUAGUAUGAAAAUUCUGCAUUCCAUUAUGCAUUCCAAAUGAAUAUGUAAUUUAAAAUUACCGUGACCAUUUGCUCUAUAUAAGAUCAAACAUUUUAUUUUGUUCUAAGUUUAUUUGUGUAUUGUUUUUUAUUUUUUAUUUAGAUUUAUCACUUUUAUCAAGCAUAUUACUUGUGAAUAUCAUCAUAAUUGAUGUAUGCAUUUUGGUUAAUGCUCAGUUAAAGCUCCUUUUUAUCAGUUUAUAUGUGAUAAACAUUUUUGUGUACUGUUUCCUUUAUAACUUCUGUGAUAAAAAAAUGCAGUCUUAAUA